CGAAGCUCGAACCAUCUGGAUCAACGCUAAUACUGUUGUGCGACACAGGUAAUUCGUCGACAAACUAUUGGAUAAUAGUGAAACUAAGCACUAUUGUCACAGUUCCUCCAGCAGCCUUAUCUUGGACACAAGUGCGGUUCCGCGUCAGAGACGUAAGGUCGGAAGGAUACGAGCGCUCAUGUUCGUUCCUUGAAACUGUAUGUGGUAGCCGGGUUGGGUGUUUUGAGGGCCUCCCGGGGGGCCAAACACAUCCAAUUCUAUCGACAAGGUUUGGAAGUGGUAAUUUGAAAUGUUCGGCAGAUACAACCAGAUGGAGAAUACGUCAUAUGGCGCAGACAGAAUCGGCGCACCCGGAGAUAGAUCAACACCGCGUUAAUAAAUAUGCAGAAAGGGCGCGCGAAUGGCUUUCGAGAGGGGCCUUAUUCAUCGCCUUAACAGGGAUGGUUUCUUCGAUCAAGCUCCAUUGUGAUUAAUUGGUGAGUAGGGCUGGUAGGCGGCGGGUAAUGACGGCAAGUGAUGAUCAGUACCGCUGUCGCCCGUUGUUCUGGUGGCAGAGACACGCGUCUCAAAUAGAACACAUAGCAAGUCACUUAGGAGACCGGUUGAGCCUAUGUAUGUGUUGUACACACAUGCGAGGAGCUAGGGUAUGGAACAAUACGAUCGCAAAUGCCCAGGGCAUAAAACUUAGAUUAGAGAGCGUAGCGCAAUUCUGUCGCGGAAAGGGAAUUGCCAUUACAGAACGAAAUCCCGACAGAUCGGUAAAAGGAGACAAGGCUGCAUAAAUAUAUUACAUCCAACAAAGAAAUAUUAUUUUCCAGACAGAUUUUGUCCUUCAAUUCCGCCUUCAGAUUGGUUUCUUCCGCAAUAUUGGC